AUGGUUUGGAUUACGACUGAUCCAACGUCACCAUUAGAUAGAGCUCGUCGAGUUGUACUUGGAACCGGGCUGGAACACUUGGACCACGUUCCUGGACGAAUAUGGGAAGGUUUUAGUAAUGAUCGAGAGAGAAGAGGAAGACCACGAAAAACAACAACAACAUAUGAUGAAAUUGUUAUUGGUUUAGUAAGACAAGGUGUUGAUGAAGGAUUAACUAGUGAAAAAAUGCAAGAACAAGUACAAGCUGAAGGUAUUAAUGUUAAUUCACGUACAAUACGUCGAAGACUCCGAGAAGCGGGGUUUCGAUAUUUGAAACCUCUCUCAAAACCUCUUCUUAGUGAACAUCAUCAGAAGAAACGUUUAACAUGGGCCAGAUCAUUAAUGAAUUAUGAUUGGAAUCAAGUUAUGGCAACUGAUGAAUCGGUCCUUCGUCUUCAUGACAUUAAAAGAUUUUAUUGGCAACGGCCAGGUGAACGGAAAAUUUGUCGAAAAGUUAAAUAUACAAUUAAAAUAAAUGCAUGGUGUUGUUUAUCUGCUGUUGGUUUCGGACGAAUUGUUUGUUUUAAAAAUAAUUUGAAUAGUACUUUUUUAUGUAAUAAUAUCUAUCAUGAUGGCCUUCUUCCUGCAGCACGCGAACAUUUCGGUCGGAAAUUAAAUAAAGCAUGUGCAAAAGUAUUUGCUCACCUUAUUUCAAUACCUGUUCAACUCAAAUAUCUUGUUGAAAAAGUUGAAUGGUUUUUUCAUAUUAGUGUACUCAAAAAGUGA